UUUCUCUGGCACAGACACAAAAGUCAACACCUAUUUCAUCCAUUUCAAACAACUCAUACAUCUUUAGCACAUCAAUAUGAGCGGCAUAGGAGAGAAGAUCAAGGAUACCCUCACGGGUCACCACCACGACGCAGACAAGUCCAAGACCUCUGAUGCGAGCCACACCAAGACCGGUGAGAAGCACGACCCUGAGAUCGACGCCAAGAAGGCCACCAGUGCUGCUGGCAACUAUCCUUACUGGGGAGAUCUGCCACGCGAGGGCGAAGGGCACCAGGACGGUGCCACAACCAUCACCCACGACAAUACUCACAACCACGGGCGGGAUACUGGCCUCGCUGCUGGUGCUCUUGGGACAGGAGCUGGGGCGGGUUCCCUGGCGUCCAGGGACCAGAAUGCGCAGUCCAACUACGACAACACCGGCUCAACGCAGCAGUCUCUUCCGGACCGCACAACCCAGACCACGCAAGGUCAAGGCGACUAUAAUGACAACAAUAAGCGUGAUCUCGCUGCAGGUGCUGGCGCCGGUGCAGGUGCGGCGUACCUUGCGUCUAAAUACAACAACAAGGACGACGAGAAGCAUCUGCAGGACUCCAACACAACAUCUGGUGGUGCUUUCGCCAGCGACCCAACCCACACCGGACGCAGCACUCUAGAGGACCAGAGCAACUAUGGCAACCA